AUGUGGGCACUCAGGCUGCGGCUGUCACCGCUCCGCGAUGUCCCUGCCCGGCGCGCCUAUUCAACUCUUCGAAGUCGCAACUCUCGCCACAGCAGCAUUCGUCCAGAGCGCAUCCCGUCAGCGAGAAGGGCAGCGGAACCAUCACAAGAACCGCAAAAUGUGAACCCAGACCAACAAGAGACUCCCAAUAUCAAUUAUGACCCUGCGCAAAACACCCUCCUCUCUCCGGUCUACAUCCCCGAAGACCCAAAUGGCGUUCUCAAGGAAACACACCCCGCAACAAACAUUCUGUCCAAUUCAGGGCUCGUGAUUCAGCGUCAGAUCGAAAUGAUGAAUGUGUUGAUUGGGUUCGAACAAGCCAACCGAUAUGUCAUUAUGGAUGCACAAGGCAACCACGUUGGUUAUAUUGCUGAACAGGAGAAGGGCAUGGGUAGCAUGAUGGCACGACAAUGGUUUCAUACUCACCGGAGCUUCGUCACUCAUGUGUUCGACCGCCAUGAAAAUGAAGUACUGCGCUUCCACCGGCCAUUCUCUUGGAUCAAUUCUCGGAUCAAAGUGUACGACCCGUUGGACCACUCUACCGCUUAUAAUUCCUCGACUGGUCUCCAACACACCCCCACCGGGUCUCUGGUACUGACUGGAGAUACAUCCAACACUCGUGUUUCACCUUUAGGGUUCGACCAAAUGCGUGUUAUCGGUGAGGCGCAGCAGCAAUGGGCGCCGCUACGCCGCAAGUACAACCUUUUCACCUAUCACCAGUCGCCAAAUCCAGCGUUGGACAUGGGUACUCAAAAUUUCGCUCUAGCAGAUUCGGGACUUUCUAAAGAUCAGCAAACACAAUUAACGCAAGUUUCUCCAGGAGGGCAAGGCGUAUUCAAUCAAUUCGCAUAUGUAAAUGAACCUUUCCUCUCUUGGGACUUUUCGCUUCUUUCGGCCGACAACCGCCUAAUCGGCUCCGUGAAUCGAAACUUUGUGGGAUUUGCUCGGGAGCUUUUCACAGACACCGGUGUCUAUGCAUUGCGCAUGGACUCGGCUGGACUUGGUACCGAGGCUCAUCGUAAUGAAAGCACCCCCACUGGAAUGACAUUGGAUCAACGAGCUGUGAUGCUAGCUACGGCUGUAUGGGCGGCGGAGCCACAGCCGGAGAGGCUGCUGGAGGCGCUGUUGCUGGAGAGGCUGCUGGAGGCGCUGCUGCGGGGAGGUGCCGCUGCCGGCGAGGCAGGAGCUAUUACUGGGACCGCUGGCGGAGCCAUUGGUAAUGUAGGCACUGCUUCUGGGGGCAUCGCUGAAGGUGUCGGUGCAGGAGUGGCCGGCGCCGGCGCUAUGGCUGGGUAUGAAGCCAUGCAACGGGGUAUGUCGGGCCAGCAAAGUCCCCAAGAUAUCCCACCUGAGCAGUCAAUGCCUCCUCACGGGCAGCAGCCACCUGACUUCUAUGAAGAUAAAUGGCCUGAGCAGGAACAGGAUGACUUCUGGGGCCGUGAGGAUCCAUGGGGCGGUGAUGGGGAAGAUGGUGACGGCGGUGACGGUGAUGGCUUUGGCUGGUUCUGA